GUUUACGUCGCUUAACGCCUUUGUGCUCACCCCUGCUUGUUAUUUAACAGUUUAUAAACUAACGUUAUCCAGCGGAAUCAUUAGCUUGACCAGCGGAAAUAACGAGUGCUGAUCGUGACCUGUGUAAGAAUAAUUUUUCUACCGGGGAGCAAGAUGCUGCACAGUGCUUGUGACGUUCAAGUCCAUUUGUAGAGAGAAUGAAGCAUGGAAGUCAUGCUUCAAGCCCCCAAGAAUUUCACCAGCAAUGUGCAGAAAAAGAAAAUUCUUCCUCUUUGUCAACUGGUAGAGGAGACAAGGAGGACUGACAAUGUCACUCAUCACCUACUUGAAACUAGGGUCUAUGCCAAACUUAAGAGCAAUAAUGUUGUUGAGGUUGCACCAUUAGAGCUUCAUUUUAGUGGGUUUGAAGUGGGAAAGGACUACAAAAAGGUUGUGAAACUCAUCAAUGUUUCUUCGGAGGUGCUUGAUGUUCACAUUCUCCCCACUCAAACAAAGUACUUUCUUACAGAGUAUAUAAAAAAGAGUCGACUAGUUCCAGGACUCUCCUACACUAUUACUGUGCACUUCAGUCCCAAUGAGUGGCGAUACUUUUUUGACAGCAUCCGGAUUCAUUGCAAGGGAGAGGAGAACUUGUUGAUUCCUCUUCAUGCUUAUCCUGUUAUUGAUGAUCUACAUGUACCAUCUCAAAUCAGUUUGCCUGAUGUGCCACUGAAUCACAGCACCAGUCACAUGAUUCCUUUGAGCUGCAGUUGUCCAAUAGACUUUGAGUUCCAGGUUCACUGCUUGCAGUCUCAUGAAGCCUUCACCAUCCAGCCGUUAUCAGGUGUCAUCCCAGCUAAUGGAAAAACAGCCAUUACAGUAACAUUUACACCGUGCCAUUAUGGCACUGCUGAAAUCACUCUGCAGCUGGUCAUCUCUCAGUUCAACUCCAAACCCUUCAUCUGCACACUGACUGGCUCCUGCUCCCCUCAUCUGACUCAACGGCAACCAAAGAAAAAGGAAGAGAGUGAUAAAAUGCUUGCCAAAAUUGGAAAAACUGACACCCCUGUACCCCUGUCUGCUGCUUGUAGACUUAAGCUAAAAGUGGCUUCAAACACAGAAAAGCACAAAAAGCACAAGUCUAAAUCUGACCAACGUCCUCAGGCACCUGUCAUGGAUGUGUCCACCUGUGCUGGGCUUGCUAAGAUGCUCAUUCAACCCCAGGACAAAAUGAGCUUCAAGAACCUCAGAGAAGCCAUUUCCCACACCAAGACUGCACACCAGGCAAGACAGAUGAGAGAAGCUUCAUUUGAAAGUAAAGUUCGGGUAAAUGUCCAAAAGGAGAAAGCCAAUCAUCUUCAAUGGCAGGUGCACCUAGGUGAAGAUUUGUACUCCACAGAACAAAAAAUGAACAUUUUGAAAAAACAGGAGUUUGCAACUGCUGAGUACAUGACAAAAAAGGACACAGGUGGCAAAGAGGUGGAUUUUGCCAGAGCCUUGCCAAAAGUGUCAUUGUACGGGGUGCUGCGAAAUGCAGGGCAGAUUCCUGACUGCAUUCCUACAUUUUACAUCUAUGGCAGUAGACAGCUGGAGGUCAGACAGAGGGUGCUUAGACUUUUCCAGCAAACUGUUCGUAAGGUCAUUUUACAAGGUCGUAUGAAUAACAGGCUGCUUUUGUUGCAAGAGCUGGUUUCCCAUAUGAAGAGAAAAGUGAGAGGAGAGAAGGACACAGUAGUAGAUGGAAAAUCACAACUUUUGAAGCUAUCAUCAGAAAAGUUGCAAGCCUUUACAUUACCCAUCUUUAGUCCUGCAAACCAGCCAGAUGAGCUGGCAGUGAAUCAAUUUGGACGUGUUUAUAUGAGACCAUUUAGAGCAAAUUUGACUACCAACAUUCCUCUUUUCAAUCUAAAGGUUCCUCAGCAUUACAGGCUAAUGGGCUAUCAGGAAGUGUCUGCCUAUGAUGCUGGAGUCUCUUUUGUCCAAUCUGAACUGCAUAGGCCAUUACGCACUGGAGCACAGGAUGAGCUGUUGCCCACAGUGAUUCACACACUGGAAGCCUCAGAGGAAAAGGAGCUGCAGGAGGAGCGUGGAUCAGAGCAGGAAAUCAACACCCCCUUGAGUUUCAGUGCUCCUAGAAAUCUGUUAAAUCCACUGAAUGCCCAUCUUCUCAGGAUCUUUAAUCCUGCCCCCGGUGUGCAUGCCUUUAGGCCAAAACCAAAUUACCUAGAGAGUGACCCAGAGUACCACCUUUGUCCAUUGCCAAGACACUCUGUCUGCAAGGGCAACAUUGUUGGAGUCUAUAGUCCCAGCACUCAGAAGAAGUUCCUAGACAGAAAGGACACUAUAAAAGGGAUCAUGAUAUGGAAGAAAUUUCCCUCCAUGGCCCUGACUACUUUUGCCUGUACAUCAACUCUAACCAGCAGUAACUGUCCUCCAUGCAUGUCUGAUCCCUUCAACAGUUCUCUCUUGCCUCUGGAAGCACCACCAGUCCUGCACAACCUUCCUGACAGCAUCCAAGACGAGAUUCUCUCUGAAGUAGCUGAAGGUGCAGGGGUUAGGCUUACUCCUGAAAUGGUUCAAGCAGAGUUUGCACCCUCUGAAAGUUCACCUUCUAAAACAUCAAAGGAAAAUGGCGCUAAAGAUGACAGAGAAAAACGUCAACAGCUGUUGGAAUCAACUUUGAAAUCACAAAGCACCAAACUGUGCCCCAAAGUGUUGGGCAGGAUGAAAUGUCUCCAGUCUUUGAGGCAUAAAAGUCAAAAUGACCACAAAUAGGUCUUUGUUAUCUGUGGGAAAAAAUAUAUAUGAACAUAUAUGUUUAACAAAAUGAAAAUUUUCAUAAAUGUAAAUAAAAAUAUUCUCUUGGAGUUCAUUGUGUUUUUAGGGUGGAGAGAUUCCUACAAUUUUUUUCUUCUGGUUAAAGCAGCUGUUUCCCAAAAGCGCUAGAGCAAAAUGAUUAUGGUGAAAAGCAAAGUAAGUAUCACUCAAGUACUGUUAAUGAUGUAUCAAAGAUAUAUCAAAGACAGUUUAAUACGUGAUUCUGUACAGUGAAGGCAAUUUAGUCAUGGUUAUUCGCAAUGACCAAUGGUGAUUUGUGCCAGGGCAAUAAAUAGAGAGAGAGGCAGAGAGAGAAAGAGAGUGUGCAGGGGAGAAAAUGCAUGCAAGAUUGACAGACAUUUCAACGAUGAUCAUAUUAAUCUAAAAGUGUAAACUGGCUAUUUUAAUAUUUCAAGGUCAUUGAACCUGUAAAAGCAAUGUAAGGAAAUGCGCAGAGGACUGUGACUAAACACUCUGUGACGUUGUCUUUAGAUGGUAGAGGGUGUCAGAUUUCUGUCUUUUAAAAGUCUUGUAGUGUAUGGUUAGCCUUCCGCCCGAUGACCGCUGGAAUAGGC